AUGAGAUCCUUCUUGAAAUUUAAUCCCUACGCAAUGCAAUCAGCCCUUCCGCCACCGCAAGGUCCCCGUCCUAUGCAGACGUUGCCCGUACUCCUCCAACCAGUCACCCGAGCAACGUACAGACUCUCUCAAUGUCGAACACAAUACCAACCACUUUCACCGACACACCCCUCGAAGAUGGUAGAAAAUGAAAACGAGAGGAUUUCCGCAGGCCCAAUCCGAGCAGCGGUUGAGACAGAGAUCUAG